AUGAUUAAUCCUAUCUUUGGAAUAGCACUAUAUUUGAUUAGUAUAAUUGAAGUUUUUGGUGUUUCAUAAGUGAUCUCAUCUUCAUUUUAAGGAAAUAGUUUCUCUAAUGAUGAUAGUAAUUAUCAUAUUGAAUCAAACUUAGAUUGGGUGGUGAGUGGAGCCUAACCAUAGUUCACAGAUUGUAUGGGUCAAAAAUUAUUUGGUGAUUUUUCAGCAUUUGGUCGAAGGGUAAGUGCUAGUAAGACUUUUGAGCUACCACCUCAUUCUUCAAUAAAUUUGCAAGUGUAAUUUUGGAAGUAAAAGGCAUAAAUAAUAUAGAAUAGAUUCUUGGGACUCUGAAUACGGAUAUAUUUUUGUGGAUUAUCAAAUAGCGUGGCAGAAAAAAUACAAUUACUAUGAUGGAUCAUCAAUGUGUGGUGGGAAUUGGAAUGAAGUAUCAAUGAAUUUGAACUUAAAUAUAAAGCAUAGUGGCCCGACAGCUGUAGUAAUUUUCACAACCAAUUUAGAUGAAGGCCCUGAUAAUGUAUAACAAUUAGAAAAUUUAAUUAGGAGUCUUGGGGAUUUAGAGAUUUCAUUAUAUCAGUCGAGAAAUGUCCUUAGGGAUGUUUAGUAUGCCAAUAGACUGAUACUAUAUUUGAAUGUUAUUUUUGGAAAGUAAUAUAGACUAGUUGGAACUAAUUAGAUAUUAAUGGAAUAGUAUUGGAUGGUUGGAAAGUUAUAUCUGGAAUUUCUGAGGCGACAAUGUGGAUGUAAAUAGAAUUCAUAUGAAUUAGCUGUUGUUUUGUUUGGCGGAUACUAAAAGACAGGAACUGGAACAGUGAUCAGUAAGUCUUUUUUUAAUAUUCCUCCACAUUAUUAAUUAAAGAUAUAAAUUUUAUGGGCUAAAAUUGAUUCUUGGGAUAACGAAGCUGCCCAAAUGAGAGUGGAUAGUGUUUUAGUUUAGGAAAGAAGAUUUUAAUGGUAUGAGGGUUAUUUUGGUAAGGUAUGUGGAAAUUCAGAUUUUGGGUAGAGAACAAUAUUUGUUAGAAAUGAAAUAGAUUUAAAUCAUACAAGUAGUUAGGUAGAAAUUUAAUUUUCAACAACAUUAAAUGAGCCAAUAGAUAAUGAGUCUUUUGGUUUGAGAGACUUUACUAUUUUUUAUGGUUCAUGUAUCAAUAAUUGUGCUUAAUGUACAGGACCUAAGGGAUCUUAAUGUUUAAGUAUUUUAAACAAAAUAAUAAUUAGUGUGUUCUAUAGGAUGUUAUAAUACUGGAGUUAUUGAUAUAAUUUGUUAAUGUAAUUAUCAAUUAUUUUAAAUUAGUAUGUUAUCCAUCAUGUUAUUAAUGCGAUGGGCCCAGUAUAGAUAAUUGCACAGAUUGUGGAGAUCCUAAUAUAUACCAUAAAUAAUUGGUAGCUGGAUAAUGUUUAUGUUUAAUAAGAACAAUAGAAUAUAUUCAGAAUGAUGAAACUUUAUGUUUACGUAUUAAUUCUCAUUUAAGUAUUUUAGCUUGUCAUCCAAGGUGUGAGAAAUGUUAUUUGCCGUUUUAUAAUACAGUUAAUGAAUAUUGCACAAUGUGCAUAGCAGGAUAGGAUAGAGUUGUUUCUGAUCAACUUAAUUAUGUUUGUAAAGCUGGUUAUGGUGAUGAUGGCAUUUCUGAUAUUUGUGUUUGUAAAUAUCUUUAUAAUUUAGAAUGUCAUUACACAUGUGAAAAUUGUAAUGGUCCCUUAGCCACAAAUUGCACAACCUGUUCAUCUUAGUCUAAUCGUCAUCUAACUUCUGAUAAAUAGUGUUUAUGCAACAAAGCUUGCAUUGAUACUGGAAUCAACUAGGUUAUGUGUUUAUGUACCUUAUUAACUACAUCAUUUUACAGACAUUUGCCACCAUACAUGCUCCGAUUGUGAUCUACCUGGAGAAGAUUAAUGUACAAAUUGUCCAAUUACAAGAUAACCUGAUGUAAUUGGAAACCAUUUUAAAUGUUAGUGCAAAGAUUCUCAUUAUUUCAGUGAUGAUACCCAAUUAAAUUGUUUGGAAUGUCAUUUUACCUGCAAAACUUGUAAUGGAAUUUAUGAUAAUAAUUGUUUAACAUGCGAUCUUUCUCAUCGCUAAUUAGUAAUGUUCAAAUGCAUUUGUCCUUAUGGUUAUUAUGAUGUUGGUUAAUUGCAAUGUUCCCGUAAUUAAAUUGAUAAAUUUGAAGCUUGUUAUUAUACAUGUAUGACCUGUUUUGGUCCUGAAGAAGAUAAUUGCAUCACAUGUGCUGCUAGUAACUACAGAGAGGUCAGAGCUAAUAAAUGUUUAUGCUUAAAUACAUAUAUGGAAAAACUAGUUGGAGACCCAUUGUGCUACAGUAAAAAAUUAGUAAAAUACUAGAAUGCUCAUAUAGAUGUGCUAAUUGCAGUGGUACAAUAGACAAAUGUACAUCAUGUCCAGUCUUCUCCUUUAGGGAUCUAGGAACAGAUAAUUCUUGUUCUUGUCCAGCCAAAUCAUAUGAUCAACCUGGAAAUCCAAAUUGCAUUGGUAUUAAAGAGAUUCACAUUAGUUUGUCACAGCACUUGCUUAACAUGUAAUGGCUCAUAAUCAAAUUAAUGUAUAUCCUGUAAUGCUUAAAUAAUGAGAUAUUUGGAUCCUUCAGGAUUCUGUUUAUGUCAGAGUAAAUAUUUCGAUGUUGGAUAGCCUGAAUGCCUAGUUAUACAUUAAAAUAAUCCUUUAGCAUGCAGUGCCAAUUGUUUGAAUUGUGUAAAUUCUGCUGACAAUUGCACUUCUUGUAAACCAGAUAGAUACUUAUAAGGAAAUUUAUGUUUAUGCCAAACAAAAUUAAACGGAGCUGCCAUCAGUACUUAUUUAAUUUUAGGUAAAGCAGAAUGCCAAAGUACUAUUAAAUAAAUUUAAUAUAGGUUGUCAUUAUUCUUGUUUAAAUUGUAAUGGAUCUACAUUUAAUAAAUGUACAUCGUGUUUGGAUAGUGAAAUGAGAACUUUAUAAAAUUCAAAUUGCAUUUGUGAAUUUCAUUAUUUUGAUAUUGGCAAACCAAAAUGUUAAUGUAAAAUUAUUGUAAUUAAUAUUAGAAUGCAAUUAUAGUUGUUAAACCUGUGCAGGAUUAGAUACUAAUUGUUUAAGUUGUUAUCCGAACACAUUUAGAACUUUGAUUAAUUCACAAUGUUAAUGUUAAAAAGGAUAUUUUGACGAUGGAUCAAAUUCAAUAUGUUAAGGUAAUUAUAUUAAUAUUAUUAUUAAAAGAAUGCCAUUAUUCUUGUUCUCAGUGCAGCUCUAUUUCUACCAAAUGUGAUUCAUGUUCAAUUACAUUAAAUAGGUUGUUCAAUUCAUAGAUGUUUACUUGUAAUUGUUUAGAUUCUUAUUAUGAUUCUGGAAUAGAAACUUGUUCAAAAUGUCAUUAUACUUGUUUUACAUGUAAUUAUUUUGGAUUUCAAUGUUACUCAAACUUGCAUUUGCAAGCCUGGAACUACAGAUAUUAAUUUUGAAUGUCAAAUAUGUGAUAUUACAUGUUAAACAUGUUAAAAUUCAAUCACUAGUUGUACUUCUUGCAAAAUUUUGAGAUUAUUAUUCAACAAUCAAUGUAAUUGCAUAGAUGGGACAUAUGAAAGUGGAAAUGAUAAAUAGUGUUUAUUUUGUAAUAAAACUUGUUUUACAUGUAUCAACCGAGAUGAUUAUUGUACAUCUUGUUCAGCAGAUUAAAAUCGAAUCUUUAAAACAGGAAAUAUGUGUAUUUGCCAAAAUGGAUAUUAUGAAGAAUCUAUUACUUUAAAUUGUAAAUAGUGUGAUUAAUCUUGUUUAACUUGUAAAAUAUCUCCUACUUAUUGUCUCACUUGUGAUGCUUCGUACAAUCUCAGUUUGGAUGUCUUGAAUAGAUGUGUUUGUUCAACAGGUUUCUAUUUUAAUACAUCUACUUUAAAAUGUGAAGGUAUAAUAAUAGUAAUUUAGCUUGUAAUAUUUCAUGUAAAGAAUGCAAAAAAUUAUCGCAAUGUAUAGAAUGCGAAAAUCUUACUAGAUAUUUUUUCCAGAUAACUUGAGUUGUCCAUGCAUAGAUGGAUAUUACGAAGCUUUUUUUAAAAAAUGCUCAUGUAAAAUUAAAAAUUAUUAUUAGAAUGCGAUUUAAGUUGUAAGACAUGCAUUAAUUAAUCUACAAAAUGCUUAUCUUGUGAACUUAAUUAUUUUAGAGUUUUAAAUAAUAAUAAUUAAUGUAAUUGUUUAGAUGGUUAUUAUGAUAUUGGGAUUGAGAUGUGUUAACUAUGCAAUUUAUAUUGUAAUACUUGUUAUAUCACUUCAACCAAAUGUACUUCAUGUAACUUAACCAAAUUCUUUAGAUUAUUAAAUCUAAAUGAAUGUAUUUGCUAAAAUGGAUAUUAUGAUAAUGGCUCAUUAAUUUGUGAAAGUAAACAAUUUUAAUUAAUUUAUAGAGUGUUCCAAUUAAUGUCUCACAUGUAAAGGGAAAAGAGAUUAUUGUACAAGUUGUGAUCUUAAUUAAAAUAGAAUUGAUUAAUCUGUUAUUAAUAAAUGUCCUUGUUCAUCUGGUUUCUAUGAAAAUGAAUAUGAAAAUUGUUAAAGUAUUAAUUUUAUAUAUAACAAGAAUGCCAUCUUAAAUGUUAAACAUGUAAUUAAUCUAAAGAGAAUUGUAUAAAUUGUUCUUAUUCCAUUACUUCUAAUAGACAAAGCAUCUCUCAGAAUUGUAUUUGCAAAGAUGGGUACUUUGAUGAUGGUAUUUAACUGGAUUGCUAAAAAUGCAGCACACGUUGUAAAUAUUGUUUAGAAUCUUCUACUCAUUGUUUAACUUGUUUUAGCAAUCUGAGAGACACACCUCCUAUUUGUAAUUGCAAGCUUGGAUUUUUUGAAAAUUCUGCUUAAAAUUGUGAAUGUAAUAAAUCAUUUAUUAUUUUAGAAUGUGAAAAUUAAUGCUUAACUUGUGAAAAGACUCCCGCUAAUUGUUUAAUAUGUAAAGAAGGUAGAUUAAGUAAACAAUGUCUAUGUUAGGAUGGGUAUUAUGUAGGUGGAUAACCUCUUUGUAUUUGUAUUUAAUUAUUAAUAAUUUAAGAAUGUGACUUUUAAUGUAAAAUAUGCAAGGAUUCCUCAUUAAAUUGUCUAAUCUGUGAAGGAGAUCGUAUUAACAUUCCUAAAUGUGAAUGUCCUGAAGGAUUUUACGAUGAUCUAUAAAAUGAAUCUUGUUAAGUUUGUUAUGGAUUAUGCAAAACAUGUAAUGUAGAUGGUUGUCUCAGUUGUAAUGGCAAUAGAAUCUUAUCUCCUGAGAUGUCUUGUGAUUAACCACCUAAUUCUGUGAGUCAUCCUGAUACUCCAUGGUGUUCAAGUAUUAGAAAUUUCUAUUAAUAUAAAAGCUUGUGAAGUUGCUGUAGUGGAUGUUAGGUUCUCUGAUGACUUAUUAUCAAUUUUAGUUAAGUUUGACUUUCUAUUGAAUCCAUCAUUCUUUACUACUCAAUUUUAAGAUAAUGUCUGUUUAAAAAUCUUAGAUUAUCAAACAUAUUAAUUGCUUGGUAAGAAUCCUAUUUGCUAUGUUGAUCCAGAUGAUGAUACAAUAUUAAUUAUGAAGGUAGGAUAACAAGUUAAGAUUAUUCCAGGUGAUAAGAUCAUAUUUUAUGAUAAUUAUUUUGGUCAUCAAGAAUGCGAAAGAAGAUUAAAGAUUUUUAUUUUCAAUUAAAUCAAAAAUCCUAUAAACCCUGUCUCUCCUAAAAUAAGUUAUGAUAUACCUACUUAUCUUAUUAAUCCUUGUGAUGAUAAUAUUAUACCUUUGAAGUAAAAACUUAACGAUGGACUUAGAGGUUUAAUUGGAAUAAAAUGGACAUACUCUGUAUCUGGAUCUAAUGGAAAUGGUGAUCUUGAUAACUUUGUUGCUUCAUUAACUAGUUUAUAAAUGUUAGAAUUAGUUAUUCCAUUCCAAACUCUACCAAAAUAGUCAAAUAUUACCUUCUAUUUAGAGUUUCAAAAUUUUGUAACUUAAAAGAAUAUACAUAUUAUAAAAUUGUAAACUCAUUCAGGUCAAUUUCCAACAAUUCUUUGGAUUUAAAAACUUUAUUAUUAUACUUUUGAAACUAUUUUUUUGCAAUUCUAAAUUAAGAAGAAGGAAUGCUCUGAAUCUGCAGUAGCUUAAAUUGAUAAUUCUGAAUACAUAUUAUCUUUAGUUGAAGUAUAUAGAAACGAUUCUAAUUCAAGGCCUUCAAGAGUAAAUUAUUAAGAAAGCACUCGUCAAAGUUUCUUUAAUGUUACAAUACAAAAUUAUACUUUGACUUCUAGAAUUGCAUAUACCUUCUAAUAAACAACGAUUGAUCCUUUGUUGAACUUUUCAAUUACAAGAAAUAUUACACUUGAAAUCAGUUCAGGAGGUAUAUUUUGUUAAUUUAAUGGCACUAAAAAGAUUCAGAAUUAUAGAAAAGAUACUUAAAUAUACAUAUCAUGUAGAGAUUUAGAUACUUAAUAUGACUGGAAUGAGGAUUUAGGCAUUUAAAUUAAUGUUGAGUGUGUUGAUUUGACUCUCAAUUCACUCUGUAUGGAUGUAAAUAAAAAAAUAAUUAAAGUUAAUAAAAGUGAUAGUAUCCAAAUAAUUCCUAAAUAAUCAAUACAACCUUAUACUAUUUAAUGUUGGACAGUAGUAGCAUCAAAAUAACAAUAUUCUUAUAAAUUUAAAUAAAAUAUUGUCUAUUUAGAUAAUGAUUUUAAAUUAUUAAAUGUCACAUAUAGUAAAGGAUAUUUAAUGAGACCAAUCAAUAAUUAUGAAAAUUUGGAUUUCAUUAUUAAUAUUCCUUUUUAAGAUAGAUAAUAUCUUUUAGAAUAUCAAAUUGCUGUAAUUUAUAAUUUUGAACUCAUUAAAAUAUUACAAUCAGAAUACUUUAAAUACUAAUUUCGAGUAUUUGAUUACUUUUAAGAAUUUACAAAAGGAAAAUAAAUUAAUUUAAAAUUUUUGGCAUAGUUUACAAAUGAGAUUAUACCCAGUUAAGAUCAUUUAUAGUUAACUGUUAAUUAACCACCAACUUGUUAGCGAGCUUGAGUGAAUAAAUAGUAGAAGCAUUAAAACUUUAAAAAAUAAUUACAAUAUGUGAUUUUUCUGACUCAGCUCCAUUUACAUAUUAAUUGAGAUAUUUUCUUAAAAAUUAAGAUUUAUUAGAUUUUUUGAAUAGAAAAUACGAUUAUUCAUUAAUUUUGAAUAGUUAUUAAAGUUCAAAUGUUUUUGAAGGCUAUUUUCCAUUCGCUGAUGGCAUUCUUUUAAUAUAAGUAAUGGAUUCCAAAGGAUUGUACUUAAACAUUGAGAAAAAAUUAAAUAUAAAAAAGACUGUCCUUAAUUGUUCUUAGAUAAAUAUAUAUUAAUUUAAUUUAAAAUAACAAGUGUAUUGAAUCAUCAGGAUUAAAAAUAGUGUAUUAAUUUGUCCAAAUAAUUAUAUUUAAACAUCAAAACUUUUUUGGGAAAUGAGGAUAUUGAUGUUUAAUUAUUAAUAUAUUAAACAACAUAGCUUUAUAAAAGAUUAAUUCAAAAUAAUGAUAAUUCAAAAUUCUCUAUUAGAUUAUUGAAUGAUAAUUCAGAAAGUUGUUUUGAGAAUUCUACAAAAAACUUUUAUAUUCAAAAUGCAAAAAUUAAUUCUACAUUAAAUGUAACUCCAAAUAGUUUGCAAGCAGAAUUAAAAUAAGUUAUGACUAUUAUUCAGAAAAUGAUAAAAAAGUCAACUGAUUUAGAUGAUUAGAUUCACAAAGAUGAUGUGUUUCUGGAUGAAAAACUUUAUUAGAAAAAAGAAGCUAUUUUGAACUCUUUUUAGGUUGUGUUAUUUUUAAUUGACGAUAUAUUCCUCAAGAUUCCAACAGUUACUAUUAGUUCUAAUGAAGAUAAAUUAUAGAUUCUAAAUGUUUCUGAGUAAUUAAUAAAUCUUAUUGAGAAGAUUUCAAUACAUGUUAAUAUUCAAGCAAAAGUAAAUGGUCCUGAAUUUAUUAUUAAUGGACAAAUACUAAAAUGGUAAUUUUCAAAAAUUACUAAAGAUAUUUUAAAUAAUCAAUUUGAUAUUGAAAAAGAUUUAUUAGAUGGAUUGAUUGAUUUUGUAUAAAAAGAAUAAAUAGAAUUAAAUUACAACUAUUUAAAUCUAUCUCAAGAAUUAUAAGCUUAAUUGCAAAUAUUCUUUAAUUUAACUACCCUCGAAAUUAAUGAGAAUUCUUACAAGAAAACUAAUCUAUAGAAUCAUCUUUAUAAUGGACGUUAUAUAGAUUGUCAAGAUACAAUUAAAUAAUACAUAAUCGACAUGUUUACAAUUCCAUAUUGCUAAGGAUAAAUACCUUUAGAAAAACUUUAUUUUAAUGAUUGUGCUAUAAUUGAUUAGAAUGGAUAAUUCUAAAAAUUUGAAUUACUAACUGAGGAAAUUAAUAAUUAAACUGUUUAUAUUUAAUGCAAAUGUUAAAAAUUUGGAAGCAUCUAUUUAAUCAAAUACCUUAACUACUCAAUUAUUUAAUAAAAUAUCCCAUUGAAUAUUUAUAAUGAAUAUAGAGUGGAUAAUUCAAACUUAUAAUUAAGUGAAUAACCUAUUCUACUAUUUCAUGGCAUUUUUAUUGCUUUUUCUUUCUUCUUUUAUUUUUAACUAAUCUCUAUCGAAAUUAAAUCAAAAUAAACUCUUACAUUUACAAGAGUAGAUUCAGAUGUAAGUGUAGAUGAAACUCAAAGAAAAGAAAAAUCUAAUAAGGCAUUAAAUUUUUAUCCAGGAAAUUUCUCUAUAUUUAAAAAAUCAUUUAAAGUAAGUUUUAUUUUAUAAUAUCUAGUUUAUUCAUGAAAUAUUAUCCUUCUUUAUACAAAAAAUACAAUCCUUUCAAAAAGUUAUAGAUUUUUAUAAUUAUCAAUCAAAAUAAGUUUGUUAAUCCCAUUCUCAUUUUUCGAGAAAUCUUUGUUAGAUUAAAUUACAAUAUUUUCAAUUUUACUUAUAAAUUGUGGAACCUUCCUAUUUAUUAGAAUGAUUUUAAAGAUAUUGUAAUCAAUUUACAGAUUUAAUGGAAAAUGGAGUAUUUUUAUUGUUAUUAUAUAUUUACUUAUACAUCUCUUUUGUUAUCUGGAAUUUAUUCUUUAAUUGAAAUAAUGGUAUAUAAAAUGUUAUAUUUUUUAGUUAAGAAGACCUUUACAUAAUUAAUAUAGAAAUUUCUAUUAUUUUAAUAGUCUCAUUCUUAUUAUUUUAUGUCAUUCUUGAUCCAAUUAUGAUAUUCUUAAGAAUAAUUAUUUUGAAGCAUAUUAUUAUAUAAAUAAGAGAUUAAAGAAUUGAUCCAUUUAAUUAACUAGUGUACUUUUUCGUUGGACAUUAAAAAUUGGAUGAACUCUUUCAUUAUUAUGCAAUUAUGUGA